GUGGGGGGGUGGGAAUGACCGGGGCCGGCGGCGUUCUGCGGCCAGAUGGCUUCGCCCCACUUCCGGCGCGUUGCCAUGGUUGCCACUGUCAACUUCCGGGAGGCUGUUGGCCGGCACGGUCUGUGGCGAGAAGCGGCCGCUGGCGGCGAGCCGCUGCGGCAGCGCUAUGCCGGCCAAAGCGGGCGACAAGCAGCGGCAGGGCCAAAGUGGACCUUCAGGAGGAAAGCCAGUACCACCAAAGCCUGCUAAACCUGCGUAUAAAAGACGGGAUGAAGAUGUCUCCACUGAAGCGGUAGAAGUUGUAGAUGAAGCAGGAAAUAUUUUAGUCAAGCCCCCAGAUCAACUAGAGCUGACUGAAGCUGAAUUGAAAGAGGAAAUCACACGUGUCCUGACAGCUAAUAAUCCCCAGGCUCCCCAGAAUAUCAUCAGAUACAGCUUUAAAGAUGGACUGUACAAGCCAAUAAGCCAUGUGGAUCAAAUGGCCAUUCACUUCUCUUUGAAUGGAAAUCUGAUACCCAAAGAUUCAGAUGAAGGCAGACGGCAGAGUCUCAAACUAACUACUGCAGCAGAAAAGGCUCCUGUUGAGACUUCUGCUACUGCACCUGAAGAAGCAGCGAUUAAAGAUGAAGAAAGAACAGAAGAUACUCAGGCUGCAGGAGAGGGAGAGGCAGAGGAGUCAGGAACAGCAGAAGCAGCUGAGGCAGCAGAUGCUGAAGAGCCUCCUCCCCCAGCAGUGAAGGAGCGAAAGCUUGCAAACCAGUUCAACUUCAUUGAUAGACCUUCGUGGACACCCAGAUACCCUGUGCGGGAUAGAGCAUGUCAGUCGGAACCUACACCUUGUAAAACUUUAUCAGACGAUAUUAACCAGUGGGUGAUCCAUGAUGCCUAUGUAGAGGAGCUUCGGAAAAGGGAAGAGUCAAAAGAGAAAGAAAAGCCAAAAGCCCAGGUAGCAAAGAAAGAAGAGAAGAAGACAAAGAAGAAGGGAAGGAAGUUAAUCUCCCUAGACUCACAGAGUGAUGAAAUGAACAAGAUCUCAAAGGCUGCUAAAAUAGUGGAGCGGAUGGUGAAUCAGAACACAUUUGAUGGCAUUGCACAAGAUUUUAAAUAUUUUGAGGAUGACUCGGAUGAAUUCAGAGACCAGAAAGGAACCCUCCUCCCACUCUGGAAGUUCCAGUAUGAAAAAACCCGUAGACUUGCAGUUACUGCCAUCUCCUGGAAUCCAAAGUACAAGGACCUGUUUGCAGUGGGGUAUGGCUCUUAUAACUUCAUGAAGCAAGGCAAAGGCAUGCUCCUGCUCUACACCAUGAAGAACCCCUCCUUCCCAGAGUAUAUCUUCAGGACUGAGAGUGGCAUCAUGUGCCUGGACUUCCACAAUGACUACCCCUACCUCGUGGCAGUGGGCUUCUAUGACGGCAAUGUGGCCAUCUACAACCUGAAGAAGGCAACCUCCCAGCCCAGCUACAAGAGUAAUGCCAAGUCAGGAAAGCACACGGAGCCAGUGUGGCAGGUCAAAUGGCAGAAGGAUGACAUGGACAACAAUUUGAACUUCUUCUCCGUCUCCUCGGAUGGGCGGAUUGUUUCAUGGACUUUAGUUAAGAAUGAGCUGGUUCAUACAGAUAUCAUCAAGCUGUCAGUGGAGGGAACGGCGAUGCAGGGGCCAGAGGGGCUGCAGCUGCAAACGCUUGGCUGCGGGACAUCGUUUGAUUUUCACAAAAAGAUAGACUAUUUGUUUCUCGUUGGUACUGAAGAGGGAAAGAUCUAUAAGUGUUCAAAAUGCUAUUCAAGCCAGUUUCUGGAUGUGUUCGAAGCCCAUAAUAUGGCCGUGGACUCAGUCAGCUGGAAUCCCUACCACUCGAAAGUCUUCAUUUCCUGCAGCUCUGACUGGACAGUCAAGAUCUGGGAUCACACCAUCAAGACUCCCAUGUUUGUCUUUGACCUGAAUUCUGCGGUAGGGGACGUUGCAUGGUCUCCUUACUCCUCCACGGUCUUUGCUGCAGUCACCACUGAUGGCAAGGCCCAUGUGUUUGAUCUGAACGUUAAUAAGUAUGAAGCUCUUUGCACCCAGCUAGUGAUGAACAAGAUGAAAAGUAAAAUAACCCAUAUCCAGUUUAACCCUGUCUACCCUGUUGUCGUCAUUGGAGGUGAACGAGGCUUUGUUGUCACCUUGAAGCUCUCUCCCAACCUGCGCAAGAUGCCCAAGGAGAAGAAAGGCCAGGAGGUUAAGAAGGGUCCGGAGGUGGAAAUUCCGAAGCUGGACAAGCUGCUUAAACUGGUGAGAGAGCCAGAGAACACAACAGAGGAGUGAGUGGGGAGAAUGAUGGCUCUGCUGGGAGUCACCUGCCAAACAAGCCCGGCUUUGAUGGCUGGCUGCUUGGCAGGCAAGCCGCGGGACCUGGGCUGCCUGCUCUUUGCAUAGCGGGAACACUUCAUCUCCGUGCCCAGACGAAUAAACAGGGGUGCUGUGAGA